AUGCAUGUUUGUAAUGAUAAAGAUUGUUUUGUUGAAUUGAAAGAAGAUGAAAAUUAUGAAAAUAUUGUUGUCGGCAAUAACGAGAAAGUGAAGAUUGAAGGCGUUGGUAGCGUUUGUCUCAAGUUUCACAAUGGUGUUGUCAAGAAUCUUUGUCAUGUGAGUGCUAUCAUCUUGACAAAAUCCACCGAGGGCGGCGGGGCCGAGUGCAGCUUGUGCGAGGAACUUAUCAUGAAUCCACUGAUUUCUGUCGCUUCUGUUAUUGCUGUUGGGUUGGCUGUCGGGCUUGUUUCUAUUGGACUCGGGGUCGGUCAAGGUACUACAACAGGCCAAGCUGUAGAAGGUAUCACAAGACAACCCAAGGCGGAGGGAAAAAUACAAGGUACUUUAUUGCUUAGUUUGGCUUUUAUGGAAGCUUUAACAAUUUAUGGACUGGUCGUAGCAUUAGCGCUUUUAUUUGCGAAUCCCUUUGUUUAA